AUGAUGACUGCAGUCUCGGGUGAUAUACAAGGCGCGGCUCCCGUGCCUGUUAUACCUCAUCCUGUGGACAGCGAUCGUAAUUAUUUCCCCUCUGUGUCAUCCUCUUCAUCUUCCAUUUCCGACGGCGAACCUGAACGUGGCCGGUCCCGACUCGAGCGUCCCCGUAUGGCGAGCCGCAAGCCCAGUGCAUCGAUCCUGGUGCCUCGGGACCACCCUGAGAUUGAGAUUGAGGAGGAGGAGUUUCCCCCAGAUGAUGCUCGUGCCAUGAGCCCCCGCCGUGAUUCCGCCGACGUCGAGCGUCUGGGGAAGGAGGCUCGCCAGACACUGCAAGAACAAGCCAAAAACCUCCAAUUAUCACUACAGGCGCUCGCCGAACGCAUCGAAGAAGUCAAGAAUGACCACGAUAAGCUGGAGAGCGAGAACAAAUUUUUACAAGAUUAUAUCGGCAGCUUAACGCAGACCAUGUCAAAGAGCGAGAUCACAUCGACCACCGCCGGAAAGACGAAGAAGAACCGGAAGUAA